AUGAUAUAUAAAUAUAUAAUAAAAAUAAAUGUCAAAAUAAAUGUUAAUUGUUUUCUUGUGUAAAAUAGGCUCAUGGUUCUUAAUAGCCAAAAGCUCUCAGUGCCCACAACCUUAGGCCAUUCCUAUCCAUUAUGUAAGAGUAAUGAUGGCAGCAAGAAGCAUGCUGCUGGGGGCGCGCACCAGAAAUGAACACCGGAAUGUUAGCAACAAUUAAGGGCAGAGGGGUUCACCUAGGACUUGGUACCAGUGAGGAAUGUCAGGGCUCUAGUCCCAUUAAUAAGGUAUUUAUGUUGGCCUUGAAAUACCUUCAGCUCUGGGCUUUCCCUGAUUUGAUCAACUUAUCAGCUGGAGUCUCCAGCAAGUUACAAAAUCAUGCCAGCUGGUUCUGUUUGUAAUUUUCCCCAGAAGGUACAAUUAGGAACAAUAGGUGGAAGUUCCAAAGAGAUGGGGUGGGUCUGGAUGUUUAGAUAAAGUACUUGACAGUUUGAGCUGCUCAUAAGUGGAACUGGCUGCCUCUGGAGGUGGCAGGCUUCUCCUCAGUCAGGGUCUUCACAGCACAGUCUGGAUGACCCCAGCCUGGGGUGUUACAGAGUCAAGACUUGUUCAAGUGAGGGUUAGACCAGAGAGAUGGCUCCUCAGCUCUGGAGAGCCUACAAGUCUGACAUUGUGUCUGUGGCGUUGCUGUUGGUUACCCCCUGGACACAGUAAAGGUCAGAAUACAGACGGAGAAGAAGUAUUCCAGCAUUUGGCACUGUGUUCGAGAUCUUUAUAAAGCAGAAAAGCUCUCUGGCUUCUACAGGGGGCUCUCCCUGCCUGUGUGCACUGUGUCUUUGGUCUCCUCAGUCUCCUUCGGCACUUACAGGCACUGCCUUUCUCACAUCUGCAAGCUCAAGUAUGGCAACGCAGACAUGAAGCCCUCGAAAAUGGACAUCACCCUUUCAGGAUGUGCAUCUGGCAUCGUCAGGGUGACACUGACAUCCCCUACUGAAGUGGCCAAAAUCCGAUUGCAGACACAGAAACAGCGUCCGUCAAUAUCUUCUUCUUCUCCCAGUGGUCUCCUUCCUCCGCCCAAGUACCAAGGUCCCCUGCACUGCCUGAAGACUGUGGCCAAGGAGGAAGGCCUGGGCGGCCUGUACAAGGGCAGUUUGCCUUUAAUGUUCCGAGAUUGCCACUCUUUUGGCACCUACUUCCUCUCUUACUCCAUCAUAUGUGAAUGGCUCACUCCAGCUGGACAAAGUCAGCCAGACAUCUUGGGUGUGCUAUUCUCUGGUGGCUGUGCAGGCGUCUUGGCCUGGGCUGUGGCCACCCCCAUGGAUGUGAUCAAGUCUCGUCUACAGGUCGACGGGCUGGGCCAGCAGAAGUACCGGGGAUUCAUCCACUGUAUCACCAGUAGUGUGAAGGAAGAAGGAGCGAGGGUCUUGUUUAAAGGCCUAGUUCUGAACUGUUGUCGAGCCUUCCCGGUGAACAUGGUGGUCUUUGUCUCCUAUGAAGCUGUCCUGAAACUUAGCCGGAGUUUCACGACAUAACUCACUCCUUUUUCUCAUCCCUAACCUAAAGGUGGCUCCAUUUGUGGAUGCAAAACAAGCUGGGUUAGAGGCCUGGGGCAAAACUGACCCGAAUUUCAGACUUCCAAUCCAAGGUUCUAACAGCCAACCUUGAUAGGUGUUGGAGGAUCCAUGCAGGGUACCAUUAAGAAGAAUGGUCAGGAGUCUGAAGUGGCAGCUUCCCAUCACCCACUUCCUCUUGGGGUCUCAGUAUUGCUCUGAAAGAGAAAGAGUCCCAGCCAAGGUGGACUUACAGGUCACAGAUUGAGUUCUUUAUGUUUGUCUUCUUAGAAUAGGUAGCUCUCAGUCCCAUGACUUCAGCACUGCCCUGUACAUAGGGCCUGCCUACAUCACCCACCCUUUAAAAAGCUUCUGAGGACACCCCAAUUCUUCAGUAUGUACAUGUUGAUAAUGGGUCACAUUUUCAGAUUUUUUUGUAAAUGUCAUGAGAGUAACCUUUCAGAUGUUUUAAGCUACAUGUAAAUAAAUGAAAUGUUUUUGGAAGGCUUUCAUUUUGGGUAAUAGUAUAUCAGGAAAAGUAAGACUGCUGGAACUGAAAUCAAGAAGAUCUGAGUUUAAUGUGUAAUUGGAAAUCUCGUGCCUUUGAACUACAUUUCCUAGGAGACCACCAACUUCCUGUCCUUAGGAGCUGUCAUAGACAGGAGGAUAAAUAAGGUGGUCUUCCAUGGUAUUUCUUUUUGCUUCCUGUCCGUGAAUGUGGUAGAAUAGAGUUUUUGAACAGGUAGAUUAACCAGGGGCACAGGGUUUUAUUUUGUUACCUUUUUAUUUUGUUACUUCUCAUGAUUAUUAAUAAAUUUUACAAAAUAUAAAUUUGAAA